UGCUGUACAAUGCAGCCCAAAACCGAAGCGUCUGCUGGCAUGGAAGGGCAAGAGGGAGGUGAUGUGCGGAUCGAGGACUUUUCCGAAGUUAUUCACUCUGAAGACUGUCGGGUUGGACAAGAGGCACCUCCAGAUACUAAGACAACUAUAGAUGAAACCACCAACAAUAAAAAUGUGAAUUCUCCACCGAGCACCAUCAAAGAGAAGGAGAGCGGACCAAGGAUAACUAAAGCGUUUUUGCGGGAUCUUUGCAAGCAACAGAAACUUUACCUCACUCCUUAUUUGAAUGACACUCUAUAUCUUCACUACAAAGGAUUCAUGCAUAUUGAGAACUUGGAGGAAUACACGGGCUUGAAGUGUCUGUGGCUGGAAUGCAAUGGGCUACAGAAGAUAGAAAAUCUGAACGCUCAGACUGAACUACGAUGCCUCUUCUUGCAUCAAAACCUCAUCAACAAAAUCGAGAACAUUGACCACCUACAAAAGCUUGACACUGUUAACCUGUCCAACAACUACAUCAAGACCAUAGAGAACUUGGCUUAUCUUCCAGUUCUCUCCACCUUGCAAAUUGCUCACAACCAGUUACAUACAGUGCACGAUAUACAGCAUCUAGAGGAAUGCCCGAGCAUUAGAGUUCUGGAUCUGUCGCAUAACAAGCUGGAUGACCCUGCAGUGUUAGAUGUACUCCAGAAGAUGCCAAACCUCCAUGUUUUGAACCUGAUGGGUAAUGACCUCAUUAAGAAGAUUCCCAAUUACAGAAAGACGGUCACAGUCCGGUUAAAAGAACUGACUUAUCUGGAUGAUAGGCCAGUCUUUCCAAAAGACAGGGCAUGUGCGGAAGCCUGGGCCAGAGGGGGUCACGAAGCAGAGAAGGAAGAGCAAGACAGUUGGGAAACCAGAGAAAGAAAGAAGAUCCAAGAUAGCAUCGAUGCUUUAUCUGAGAUCAGGAGGAAAGCAGAGGAAAGGAGGAACCAAAUGGAAAUGGAGGAGAAAGGAGAGCAACCCAUAGGUUUAGAGGAGGAAAUAAUUCACUGCAGGAAUAAAGAAUCAAAGGAUAAGAUUGAGACUUUCGUAAAGGAGACAAUGGAUGCCUGCAAGGAGCUUUGUGAAGAUACAGCGAGCAGAGACAAUGACUUAACCACUAGCCCUCUCAACCAGCUGGCCAAAGACAACAGGACAGAUGAAAGUCCGCCUUGUGAAAAACUCAUAGUAUGCCGUGAUGCAGAAACCACAUCAGAAGGGGAUCAAAAGCAUCAGAACAAUGACAACGUAUACUCUAUGAGCGUCCAUUCCACUAAAGGAUCGCAGUAUAAGAUGAGCAGAGAAGGUGCCCUGACUACCGAAUUAACAGAUCCGAAGGACAUUGAAACUGUCCCUCUUCAGGCUACAGUCGAAAAGAUAUAUAUUGAUGAUUUGCCAGAUCUGGAGGAUAUGGAAGUUGAAGAGCACUCUGUGGUUGAAGAGCUCAGCAUUAAUAAGAGAAUAUACCGUCCAAAAAUUGAAGUGAUUUCUGUUGCCAGCGAUGAUAGCGACACUGAGUGGAAUAGAGAAGAAAUUAACGAGAGCAUAGAUUUUAGUGAGGAUCUGGGUUGUGUAUCUAACAUAUUCACUAAGGAAAGCACCAACCAGACAACAAACCUAAAUAGUCAAUCCGAGCUAAUGGUUGCCUCAAAGGAUGGCAGUAGUUUAAUUCGACAAACAAGGCCACUUAUUGAGGAACUGGAUUCUGGAUAUAUUCAUGAUCAAGAUACAGAAAGCAAAGAAAGUCCAGAGAAUGGCUACAGAGAGGCCAAGAUGGUGACCCAUUCUGUAGACUCCGACCUGCAGGACAAGGAAGAGGAGAUUGAAUGUGGCUUGGACUGAAAUUUCCUGCAUUGUAUAUUUUAUAGCCCAAAACUACAAUAACUGUUCUAUAGAACACAAUUGGGUCCAUUCACUUGAGGGCUGGUUGACAGGAGAGCUUCUGCACUUCACUCUUCAUUAUGAAGGGUCAACA